AUGAGCCCUCUUAUACUCGAUGACGCCCUGCACAAUGGCUGCCCGGCCUCACAAAAACCCUCCAAUCCGACGAUGGAGAACAAUGUGCAAAACGUCGUUCUCGGCGACCUUCUCAUCCAGCCCUGGUAUACCUCGUUCUACCCCGAAGAGUUGGUUGGGCGGCAGGUCGACAGGCUCUUCGUAUGUCAGUGGUGCUUCAAGUACUCGAAGGAGCUGAUGCCGUUUUUGGGGCAUGUUAAAAGCUGUUCGCACAAAGACGCCGCGCCGCCCGGCGCCCUAAUCUACGCCAAAGACGACUACACCAUUCACGAAGUUGACGGCGAGGAGCACAAGCUCUACUCCCAAAACCUCUCCCUCUUCGCCAAGCUCUUCCUCGACACCAAGUCCGUCUUCUACGAUACCUCGACCUUCCUCUACUACCUCCUUUCUACUACCGACCCCACCAGCGGGACGCGUCAAGUCGUCGGCUUCUUCAGCAAGGAGAAAAUGAGCUGGGACAACAACAACCUGGCGUGCAUACUCGUGUUUCCGCCGUGGCAGCGGCAGGGGCUGGGAAGGCUGCUCAUGGGGGUCAGCUAUGAGCUUAGUCGACGGGAGGGGCGGUUGGGGGGGCCGGAAAAGCCGCUUUCGGAGCUCGGCCGCCGCGGCUAUCUCUCCUUCUGGUCCGGGAUCGUGGCGCGCUACUUCAUCGCGCAUCCGGCGAAGAAGUCGGUCACGGUGCGCGAGAUCAGUGAUGCUACGUGUGUCCUGCCGGAAGACAUUAUCGCAACGCUGAAGGAGAUGGAUGUGCUUGAGCAUAGAGGGAAGGGCGGUGGGCAUGCUGUGAUUAACAAGGCGAGGGUCAAGGCGUGGGCUGCAAUGCACAAGGCGAGCUUAGUGCCGCCGGUGGAUGUUGAUGCGUUUGUGGAAGAGGCUUAUGAGGACGGGGUGGAAGACGAAUAG